AUGUACUUCCGCUUAUCACUUUUUGUCCUCGCAGUGUGCGCUUCAACGGCUUUCGCCAUGUUUGACCACGGACCGAAAUAUGGCGGCCAUCAAUUCAAGCCGGUCUAUCUGAACCCAUAUGGUAACAAGUACGAGUCAUACGGAAAGCACGAUGAUCACAAAGAUUCCCACUACCAACCAUCCUACUAUCACGAAUCUUACCAACCAAAAUACGAAGGACACGAUCAAAAAUACGGAAACGACUACUAUUCCUCCUAUCAACCAUCCCACCAGCCAUACUACGGUAGCUCUUAUUACAACGAGCAGCCAAAAUACAACGACUAUCACAACUCCCAACACUACUAUGAUAAGUACUGA